AUGGACUCUAAAGGCGGUUUAAUAUCGAAAUUCCUGUCACCAACUCAACAGUUCGCUCUAGUUAAUGAUUUGAUAUUUGCUAAUCGAUUCGAUGAAGCUAUAGAAAUUGUUAUAUUUACAAAUGUUGAUCUAUCUAAAGAAGAUAAAGUUUUAGAUUAUAUCUUUGAAUCAUUUAAAGAUGAAUUGUAUGAAAAAUUCAGUCAUGUCGAGACUGCAAUGGGUGAAAAAAAUGCAUUGGAGACAAUAUUGGAUGAUUCACAAUUGAAAACUUAUGUUAGUUUGAUUGACCAUAUUCCAAGUUUAUGCUUAAAGGUCGAAGUAUGGUUGAAAAGGAAAUUCAUCAAUUACAUUGCAGCUAACAAUGUUAGACUAUUUGACAAGGAAUUUUAUGAUAAUGUUACAUGGAAAUUUAUUAGUAAAUAUAAUUGUAAUAUUGAAAACAUUUUUGAUGAUCAUAUACAGAUUGAGGAUUCUGAGAUUGAAUUACUGUUGACUCUAUUAGAGAAAAUAUUUCUUUGGACUGACAAAAUAUCAAAAAAACGUGAUAUGGAAUUAGAUGGAAUUAUUUUAUGUCUUCAAGGUUCUAAUAUUGAAGCCGUUGCCGUAUCAAGUUCAAAAUUAAUGAGAUGGAAAGAACUAAGUAUUGUUAAUAAUUGUUUAGAAGAUAAAACAUUUGAUAAAUUAACUUGGAAAUCUAUAGAACAUAUCUACAAGAAUGUUGGAACAAAUGAAUGGAAAGAAAGAAAUGCUUUAUGUUUUCACUUGAGAUACCUUACAGUUCCAGAAGAUAAUACUAGUAACCUGUUUUCUUUUAUAAAGAAAAAUUCUUAUUGGAAGCAACUCCAACUAGCUUUAAACCAUAGAAUCCAUGAAUUUAGGAAAUUAGCAUUGUCAAUCCUGAAAUUGACAAUAAGAAGACUAGUAGAUAUCUCUGAACCGUUUGAAACAGAGUUAUUCUCUUGGAACCCAUCAACAAAGGUUCAAUUUUUAAAAUCGUGGGAGAAAUUUACAACGUUGUAUGAAAUUGUUGCUUUGGAUACUGCUCUUAAUCAAAUUCAGGCUGCUCGUCAAGAUAUAUUAAAUCUCUUCAAUGACAAAAAUGUUCCUCCAAGUUGGAGUUUAAUCUUAUUUGCUACUGGUUUACAUGCAUCUAUGGAAAGUGUUAGAAAAUACAUAUUAUCAUUAGUCUUUCAAGUAGAAGACCUUGCUGUAUUCAGUAGUAAUAUAGAUAUUCUGCAAGAUACAAUUCUUCCAUGUACCAUGCAAGCACAAUUUUACAAUGUCGAAUCCCUAGAUUGUCCUUUUGGUGCCAAGGUAUCUGAUUUUGUCUCUCAAAUUUUGGAUGCAUCAGAAUCGAAGAGAUCAGAGAUUUUAACUUGUGUCUUUAAUCGUUUAAUAAAAGAAGGGUUAUCUUUUGAUCCAGCUAGGAUUUAUAUGUCCUACGGAAUAUUGAAUUAUCUAGAAAGUACAAAUACUUCCAAGUUAUCAUUAGAAAAUAUCGGUCAAUUGCGUAAAUUAUUUGAAUUCGAAUGUGAAGAAGAAAUUUUUGAAAUGGCGCAACAAACCAUUUAUUUGAAAAUGCUUCUUUAUGUCCAACCUAGUGUUUGUAUCCAACAGUGGUUAGAGGCAUUGAAGACACAUUUAAUUUGUACUCAUUAUGACUUUAAAUACUUCAGAAAAUUAGUUUUCGAGUUUAAGAAUUAUGCCACACACAAAUUUAACGUGGAAACGUUCACUGAACAAUUAUACAAAGAUUAUGGUAUAUUAUUGUAUUUAUUAUUUGAUAUUCGUCCUGCGAAUCCAACAAAGGAGUUUUUAGUUGCAUUAUGCAAAUCUGAUUUACUAAAUAAUGAACCAUUCAAAGAUGAUAUUUAUAAUACCAUUGAAAAUUGCCUAAACUCUGAUGAUAUAUUAGACAACGAUAUGUCAACUUUAAUUGAAUACCUGAACUCAGAUAAAAAAAGUAUUGAAAAGUUAUACAAUAUUUCUAAUAUGAAAAAAAUUAAUGAUAAAAUUAAUGAAACUCGUUUAGGAUGUGCAUGCAAAAUCUCUUCAUUUUAUCUUAAACUAGGAAAAGAUGGAAACGAAGAAAUUACGCUUGUAAACAUGUUUCCAAUUUACAAAAAAAUGGUAUUAUAUUACAACAAUGAAGGCCGGAGUACACCUAUUGUUACGAAGGAUAAAACAUUUGCUUCAUUUAUUAAUCUAAUUUUUGAUAUCUUAAAACAAGAUCUAAGGAAAGAGAUCUCACAUAUCGAAGAUGUAUUGGUGAUGUCCUUGAGUUGUGUAGAAAAAGAUAACGGUCACUUUCACGGUAAUCUAGCAAUUGCAGAGCUAAUAGCAUAUUUAUUGGAUCAUAUUUUCACCCUUCUAACUGAACAAAAGUCAAAACUUUCUAUGAUGUCGAUGAUGUUUACAAUUAUGUCAGCGAUUUGGGAUACCUUAAAUAGUGACAGAUUAGUAUUGAAAGAAAGAGCUUUGCAUUUGAAAGUUAUUGAAACAUUAUUCCACAAAGAAUUCUUAAAACAUGUUACAACUGGUAAGGAUGAUAUUGCUACCUCUAUGGGACUUUCAUUACCAGAUAUUGGGCGUGAUAUCUGUAAUGUAAGUGUUUCCCGAAGAGGCCUUUUACCAUUAUUGGGGAAACAAAUAUUUGAAUUUUCCAAACUAAUUAAAAAUGAUAUCAAAUAUGGUAAUAAUUAUUUCGGUUUAGUUAUUAUUUCUGUACAUAGUUUCAUUCAAGGGCAAAUUUCUGAUAAUAUCUUUAAGUUGAAACCUGUUAUUGGCAAGUUUUAUGAUUCAGAAUUGAAAGGUGAAUCAAAUAGUAGACUAUCUUUAUAUGAAGAAGUAUAUGGUCUACCAGAGUUUACCGUUAGAACGUCGGUGAUCAAUGCGAUUAUCAAUUUUAAUGACGAAUUUAGGGGUGAAUUAAUUAAAUACAUCAUGACUGAGACAAAUGCGUUAGAUGCUAUAAAGAGAAUCGAUGGUCCAGAAGAAACUGAAAGAGUCCUAUUAUGGGAACUCUCAUUAUUAUGUCUAGCGUUAAUGGAAUCUGUAGACACUGACCAUAAAAUUGUUUACACCAUUAUUGAAACUUUAAGAUCUGAGGCAUCUCCACUUGUUAGAAUACUUAAAGAAUGGUAUGUUUCAUUUGUAUUUACCGCAUCUAACUGUGAAGGUACAGAUAAAUUUGAUGAAUCAAGAUUAUUUGAACUUUUAGAAGAGGAUUUUCUACCCGUUUCCGCAGUUAGUGCAGAAAAGAUCUUAUACAUUUCUUUGAGAGGUCUAUUCGAUUCGAAACCUAGUAGUAGAGCAAAUGAAUUAUUAGAUAAAUUUGUUUCAUCACUGAUUACAAAUGCAACAUCUAACAAACCAUUAAUAAGACAUUUCUCAAACUCAUUAAUUUUGUCUUUCUGGCCUGCAUUUAAGGAUAAACUAAAGAACAAUGAUAAUUUGAAUGCAAUAUUUGAAAAACUUUAUAUCAAUGCUAAACGUACACAACAAGUUGGGAGGUUCAGAGCAGGUGAUGCCAAUACAUGGAAUGUGCUUAAUUUGACGUUAACUAAUAUAUUUGGUGGUAUGCUGAAAAAAAUGACUGAUCAUGAUAUAACCUACAUUUCAAAAGAUGAAUUUGCUCUGUAUUUAUAUGAUCUUCCAUCAACUGUGGAAAUAGGUGAAGAUGAAGAAUCACAAUGGUUAAGUAAAAGAGCCACAAGGGGGUCCGGGAAUAAGAAUAACAAAUUCGAAAGUUCUGUUGAUGGUCCAUCUCCUUUACAAACAAAGAGUGGAGCAUGGGAAACUGUUCUAGACUUGGAUAACGACAAAUCUAACGAAUCAAUCAAUAGAUCUGAUUUAAUUGUUGUUUCAUCCCUGGUUGAUAAACCACCUAACCUUGGUGGGAUCUGUAGAUUAUGUGAUGUAUUAGGUGUGGGAUUAUUAACAGUUCAAGAUAUUAGAGUCAAACAGCACCCACAAUUUAAGAAUGUUGCUGUCACAGCUGAUAAAUGGAUGCCAAUGAAGGAAGUCCCAGUGGCCAAUAUUACAGAUUUCAUGAAAGAAAAGAAGAAAGAGGGAUAUACUUUGAUUGGUUUAGAACAAACUGAUAGAUCUGUAAAGUUAGAUGCUGAAUACAAAUUCCCUAAAAAAUCCUUAAUUCUGUUAGGUACUGAAAAACAUGGUAUUCCUGGUGAUUUAUUAAGCGAACUUGAUCUUUGUUUAGAGAUACAACAAUUUGGUAUUAUUAGAUCAAUGAAUAUUCAAACCGCAACAGCUGUUAUUGUUCAUUCUUAUACAAUUCAACAUAUGUAA